AUGGCUAUUGCUCCAAUUACGGGUACUUUAAAAAGAAAGAUCAUAACUGAUAUCACCAUUGGUUUUGCCGCUGGUUUCUCAUUGGCCACCUUGUACUGGUACACUGAACACACUCCACUUGUCGCCAAAAGAGAAGCUUACUAUGCUCAAUUACAAAAACAAAAAGAAGCUGAAAAUAUUGCUUGA